UACAGUUUCAGUUCACACUCUUAAUGUUAUCAGCAUGGUUAUCUGUUGCGACAUCACAACUAGGACCCCUGCUUUUCUUUGACCCUGGAGUAUAUUUGCAAGACCUUCUGAAGGUGACAAGUAUUCGAGUGAAGCCCAAAAACCAUUCACUAGAGGAUGCGCUUUGACUCAGAGUUGCAUAUAAACUUUGGAGGAAAAUUUCCUUGUGGUGUUAUUUUGAUCUGUUUCUUCUCAGCCAGUUUACUGCGGCUCGCAGUGGAAGGAUGCCAGAAAAGUUGUAAUAGAAGUGCUGAAGAUCUUCUUGUUUGGAUAAAAAAUAAGGACUAUGAUGGAUCCGUGAGACCGAAUGUGACCGGAGGUCCAGUUGUGAUCGAUAUUGAGACAUACAUUUCAAGUGUGAGCUCUAUCGACGAAAAAGAUAUGGAAUUUUCUUUGGACAUGUUCUUUAGACAACGCUGGAAAGAUUCCCGUCUCACUUAUCAACCACUGCCAGACAAGGGAAUAAAUCAGAGAGUUAUUCUAAGCCCUGAAUUAAGCAAAUACGUUUGGCAGCCCGACCUAUAUUUCAGGAACAGUAAAGAUGCUCGUUUUCACAUGGUACCCACGCAAAAUGUGUUGUUUGGCGUCAGCCCGGAUGGGAGUAUUCUGCUGAGUGCAAGAAUUACAACCGUGCUGGCAUGUCAAAUGAACUUCCGCGAAUUUCCUAUGGAUCGUCAAACCUGUCAUUUCUACGUUGGUUCUUAUUCACAGACAGAGGAUAACGUCUUAGUAAGAUGGAGAAACGGCCAAGGAGUGAUUGUUCCCGAAGAGCUGGAGAUUCCUCAAUACGACCUCAACCGUGUGGUGAGCAAGGAUCGUAAAGGAGUGUACAAUACAGGAGUUUUCUCAGAGCCAGAGGCAACAUUUGUAUUCAAGAGACGCCUAAUGUUUUAUGUCUAUGGGUUUUAUCUGCCUGUAACUUUAGUCGUACUUCUUAGUUGGAUUUCAUUCUGGAUUGAUCCCGAGUCUACCCCAGCUCGUGUUUCUCUCGGAGUCAUCACCAUUCUAGCCAUGGGCAACUACCUUCAUGGAGGAGGUGCAACUCCAAAUGUUUCGUACGCAACUGCUCUUGAUGUGUACGUCAUCACGAGUUUUGUGUUCGUUUUUGCAAGCCUGAUGGAGUACGCGGCGGUGCACUGCGCAUUGGUCAAAUACCAGGAAUCCGAUCUCAAUGAGCCGUGUAAGCUAGUCAAAUUUGGCAAUCCAGUAGAAUCUCAAGACUCUGAAGAAGGAAUGGUCAACGGAAGCUUUUCUAGCUCGAGCACUGUACAACUUCCUGUAACGUUACGCAGUAAUGAGGAGAGGGGACACACCCUUAGGCGCAAGUCUAUCGUGCAAGAGGCCAAAUUGUACUAUAUCCAGUUCAAUUACAAAUCACUGGAGAGCUAUUCACGGGUUGCCUUUCCUCUACUUUUUGUAAUAUUCAAUGUUAUCUACUGGUUUACGUACUGUGGAUCAAAGGUCGGUGAUCAAGGAAUCUGCUGACGGUUCUUCGCGCAAACAUCAUAUAGUAUCUUGAACGAAUCGUAGAGCCGACUUCAGAAAGUUUCUUUGCUUUUAAUCGGGAACAGUUGUAACAUCAUCAGGAAACUUGCAGAUGGUUCUUUCAGCGAAUAUCAUCUAGAAGCUUGGACGAAUCGUAGAGGGACUUCGGAAAGUUUCUUUUGUUUAAAUCUGGACCAGUUGUUACAUAGACCUAAAACGCAUGUCAUAAUGAAAGCGGAAGGUUUUAUCGCAAAGUGAUGCAAUCUUGAAAGGUGCUGUAAAAGUUGGAUAUGUCAAAGCC